AUGUCCCUGGGGAUCAAGUCAACAUGGCGGCUUGGGUCCCGACGCAUCGGCUCGCCUGGAGCGCCUCCUGUUUGGCCAUGCGGCCUGCGCUCCAGGGGACCUCUGCCGUCAUCCUCCUUCUUACCCAGUCGCCGGCAAUACGAGGCCGAGCAGGAGAAGGGCAGGGCCACAGAAGCAGCGAUCCUUGAUUCCCAAGCUCUGCCCACGACGCCAGGAACAGAGCAGGCAGUCCGAGCACGCGGCGAGGUGGCACGAUCCAAGUCGAAUCAUGCGAGAAACGCCUUCAUGAGAGGCGCUUUCAGGCACCGUUCACCACGAAUCUUGGCUGCGGUGGACAAGAAUCAAAACUCCCCCUACGUCCCAGCUGCUCGCGAGUACCCGGCCCCCGCAGCGACCAAGGCAAGUAGAGGCCACUCACACGAGGUGGCCCGUACCCAAGCGGGAUUCGACAUAGUCUGGAAGCACUUUGGCGGCAAGGUGCCUGACUGGAGCGAGACGUUCAGCCUUCUCAAACGAAUGACCCCGAAACGAAGCCAAGCUCCCAACAUGGCUGCCGUGAGGGUGGUGCUUCCCUCGUUGUGGGACAUGUCUGUGGGAAAUAGACGGAUCGAGUUCUUGGAUGCCACGACGGGCUUGACCACUAAGCUGCGAGUCUCUUCCGACCACCAGAACCCGUCGGCCGUCAUCCUGAGAGGCGAAAGCGCCGUACUGGCAAAGGCAGUGGACGAAUUGAUCAGGGCCUGUCCAGACGUAGAAAUAUUCAAGCUCGGCGACGUAGCCGUCGUCGAUUACAAAACCAAACAGCUGUGGCCGGCGAUUGAGAAUGCCCAAGACGCGGGCAUGUCUGUCCCGCCGGGAACCAAGGACAACGUCUGGGUGCACAAGGAGCUGGAGACGUAUUGGAUUGAUCACCCGUACGAGCAGACACCGAAACCAGCGUGGUGGUCCGAGGAAUCGUUCGAGGCAUACAUUGCCGCUCUUGUCUGUGGGAAGCUGCGGCCGUACCUGGCCAUGAAGUACUACAAACAACUCCGGGAAAACGGCAAGCUAAUCGACACGGACGGCAUUCGAGUCCGCCUUAUUCUGGAGGCGUUUGAAGACGCGUCAGCAAGAGAGUGCAUCACCGCGUCCGCCCUGAAAAUGGCUGUAGGAUUCAUGGCCCACAAAGGCGGCCACCGCGCAUCCGCAGAUCGACUCUUCACGCUCGCCGAGGGAUGGGGCCUGCCCAUGGACGCCGAGACCUUCAACCUCAUUCUCGGCGGAUAUGUUUCCAAGCGGGACGUUGGCUUUUUUCACAAGUUCCUCCAAAAGAUGGAAGCGCGAUACUUCUACCCCAAUGCCAGGACCUGGCUCCAUUUCCUGAAGCUCGUCCAACGGGACAGUGAGAGACGGCAAAUCAUCGCCGCCAUGUACGAGAAUGGCCUCUUUGAAGACCCCGCCACGCGGAGAGGAAUUGCCGAAACCAUGGCCGGCAACGAUUCCUUCGCGGCCUUCAAGGCCGGGAAGAGCCUGGACGUCUUCCUCGCCGACCAGGCUGCGCGCUACGGGGAAGAUUGGUACACGGCCGGAGCGGCAAACAGCAUCCUCGAGGAAUUCCUACGGUUUCACGACCCUUCCCACCCCGACUUCUCAUCCUUCAAGUCCCUCCUGGACCGCCACACGUCCGACGGCCGCCAGGUCGCCAUCAGAAGCACGUCCAACCUCGUCAUCAAAUCCUGUAUCAGCAGGAAGGACUGGCCUACCGCACUGUGGGCUCUAUCGCGCAUGCUGCAGCACGGGCGGGAGCCCAACACUCAGACCUACAACUUUCUCAUGUCACUGGCCAUCUCCUCCCGUGCUCCCUUCUCCCUCGGCGUGCUCUUCUUCUACGCCGUCCUCGACCGCAAGCUGCGGAGGCGCCCGCGGAGGAUCAUGCAGCGCGUCAUCCUCAAGCGACUCCUGGGCGGCUUCCCGGUCAAAAUCUUCUCCAAGAAGAUGGGCCGGCUGCUGACGGAGAAUAGGGUAGCCAACGACCGCGGGGUGGUCGCAGGCGCCGAAUGGGCCAUUCUGCGCUCGUGCGACGGCUACAAGCCCGUCAAGUCCCUCGCCGCGGCGCUGGACACGACGUGGCGCACCAUGGACCAGCCCCUUCUCUACUCGGCCCUCGCCGCCGACCCCGAGGCGAGUUCCAGAAUAGUCCUCUCGCACGACUACGCGGUCAGGAUGCGAGAUGCGUCCGGCCAACGGCCCCGCAUCACAGUUCACCUAGACGCGGCCUUUGAUCCGAAAAGAAUGCUACGACAAUCAGAACCUCGAGGUGAAUCGCGGCGGCGCCCCGGCUCCCAAAACACAGGGCCCCGCGCCAAGGAUGAAUGGCAUGGAGGAAUCAGACCAGCCGGAAAUACAGAACUGUUAAAGAACCGUGUACAAUAUACAAUAGAGUGCUUCGAAAGCCCACACCUUGGCGAAGCACAUGCACAGCGCAAGCUCUUCAUGUAG